AUGAGGUUGCUCGGGUUUGUCCGGGGUGCGACCGGUUGUGGAUCUGGUCGCCUCUUCGUCUGUCAUUUCUCCUGGGCGGCGCGUCCCGGGGGGCGUGGGGAGCGGCCCGGCGGGGAGGAGCUAAGCCGCCUGCUGCUUGAUGACCUGGCUCCAGGCCGGCGGUCGGCUAGGGGACUGGAACUCCUGUUUGGCCUGUCUCCUUGUCUCCUGGCCCUGAGGGCCGCCCGCCGGCGCGUGGCCCGGCUCCUGCUCCAGGCUGGUAGGGCCGGGAUACAGGGGGAGCGGGCCGAGCUGCUCCGGGCGGCUGAGGCGCAGGGCAUCCCAGUUGUGCGGCCUCGACGGCAGAAGCUGGACGCCCUGUGCCGUCACCAGGUUCACCAGGGCGUGUGCAUGGAGGUGAGCCCCCUGCACACGAAGCCCUGGACUGAGGCCAGGGAGGCAACGCCAGGCGAUGACCCUCAGCAACUAUGGCUAGUCCUCGAGGGGCUCCAGGAUCCCCGGAAUCUUGGGGCCGUGCUGCGCUCCGCUCUCUUCCUCGGAGUGGAUAAGAUCAUCACCAGCCGGAAAAACAGCUGUCCGCUCACCCCAGUCGUCAGCAAGGCCAGCGCUGGGGCUGUAGAGGUGAUGGAUGUGUUCUCCGCUGAUGACCUACCCAGCUUUAUGCAGGCAAAGGCCCGGCAGGGCUGGUUGGUGGUCGGCACAGUGGGCUGCCUGAGGCCUGAGAUUCCCCAUUCCUCCACUAUCCCUGUCAGCAGCUGCUUGGAGUUCCUCUGGGACAGGCCCACUCUCCUGGUGUUAGGGAAUGAGGGCUCAGGCCUGUCCCCAGAGGUGCAGGCCUCCUGCCAACUCCUCCUUACCAUCGUGCCCCGGCGGCAGCUGCCUGCAGGACUCGAGUCCUUAAAUGUCUCUGUGGCUGCAGGGAUUCUGCUUCACUCCAUCUGUAGCCAGAAGAAGGGUUUCCCUGCCAAGGGAGAAACAGAGCAACUUCACCAAGACCUUCCCGUAUCCUCAGUCACAGUGGAAAGGCCCAGAGUGGCUCAGCACUCAUCUCUGUCUUUACCAUCAGAAGAAGAGAGGCAGAACAGGGGCUGA